AUGCCCCCAACCAAAUCCCCAAUCCGGGAUUCUUUCCUCCCACCCUCAGCACCAAGCAACGCACACGCCCAACAAAUCGACUUCGAAAAAUCCAAUCCACCCCUCCCAAAAUACAAAGGCCACUUCGCCGCCAUAAUAGACGACUUCCUCACCGAAUCCGAAUGCAAAGAACUCCUCUCCCUAGCCGAAAAAAGCACACCCAACGGCUGGGAACGCGCCAUGGUCAACGUCGGCGGCGGACGCCAAGAACUCGCCACCGACGCCCGUAACUGCGGACGAAUGAUGUGGGAUACGCACGACAUCGCCAACCGGCUCCUGACCAGACUAAAACCUUUCCUGCACGAUCUCGACGUCGCCAAAUUCACCGAUCGAACGAGCGUAACGGGUUUACUCGGCCGGGGGAAGACGUACGAAUUAUCCGCGCUGAAUGAGCGCCUACGGUUUCUGCGAUAUGUGGGCGGUGAGUACUUCCGGCCGCAUUGGGAUGGACAGUAUGAGGCGCCGAAUGGGGAUUUGUCGUUUUAUACGCUUCAUCUUUAUUUGAAUGGGGAGGGGGAACAGGAUGUUGUUGAGCUUGGGAAGGCGGAGGAUCGACCCGGGAAUGUGAAUCCUGAUCCUGAGGGGACGUUGUUGGGCGGGGCGACUAGUUUUAUUCCGAUUCCGAGUUAUAACAGUGGGUAUGGGCAGUUGAGGGGUUUUUCCGAGGACGGGGAGGUUGUUGGUUUUUCAGCAUAG